GGGCGCCCAUUAACUCUUGUCUUUAAUAACACAAUUCUCUCUCUAGACUUUUAAGCCCAUGCGAGUUAACCCCGUUCGUUGAUUUCUACUCACCUCUCCACUUUUUUCUCUGUUCUUUCUUUCGUUUUCUUCCCGGCCAAACACUUCUAUCCCCUGCAAUAAAACAAGCAUCUGAUCAUUUUUUUAUUCUUUGUCUUGAUUUUUGUUUUAGAAAAAAAAAUUUUAACCUCUCCCUCUCCUGAUGAAAUCUCAUAAUUUGAUCGUCCUUUCCCUUUGCUUCCUCGUACUUUUCCCCUGUUUUUCGUUUUCUUCCGAUCAAAUCCCUGGAUGGGUCGGUGAAAACAGAAUACUGAAAAAAGGUAUAUUAUCUAAUGCGGUUGAUCCCACUCGAGUCAUUCAGCUCUCUUGGCAUCCCAGGGCCUUCAUUUACAAGGGAUUUUUGUCAAAUGAGGAGUGUGAUCAUCUAAUUAAUUUGGCUAGGGAUAACCUUGAGAAAUCAAUGGUGGCUGAUAAUGAAUCUGGGAAGAGUGUAGAGAGUGAAGUGAGAACAAGCUCUGGCAUGUUUCUUAGCAAAGCUCAGGAUGAAAUUGUUGCUGAUAUUGAGGCCAGGAUUGCUGCGUGGACUUUCCUUCCAGUAGAAAAUGGUGAAUCUAUCCAAAUACUGCACUAUGAGAAUGGUCAGAAGUAUGAGCCCCAUUUUGAUUAUUUUCAUGACAAGGCUAAUCAAGAGCUGGGUGGCCACCGGGUUGCAACUGUCCUGAUGUAUUUAUCCAAUGUUGAGAGGGGAGGGGAAACAGUGUUCCCCAAUGCAGAGGCAAAAAUGUCUCAACCGAAGGAUGAUAGCAUGUCUGACUGUGCUAAAAAUGGCUAUACAGUGAAACCCUUCAAGGGUGACGCUUUGCUGUUCUUCAGUCUACAUCCUGAUGCAACUACUGAUCCAAUGAGCUUGCAUGGCAGCUGCCCGGUUAUCGAGGGUGAGAAGUGGUCUGCAACCAAAUGGAUCCAUGUGAGAGCUUUCGAGAAAUCUCUGAUUCAAUCAAAAACUGGAGAUUGUGUUGAUGAGAAUGAGAACUGCAGUUUAUGGGCAAAGGCAGGUGAGUGUGAGAAGAACUCUCUGUAUAUGGUGGGUUCUAACAAUGCUGAUGGCUAUUGUAGGAAAAGCUGCAAUGUAUGCACAUCCUAGGAUGUUCCCUUCCCACUUUUCACUUAUUAGUUCUUUACGGAUUGAGGAUUCAUACAUCAAAGCUGUAGAUAACAAGUUGUGCUGAUGUGGCACAACAGGUAUUCAUUUUUAUAAAAACUGUUAUCAAUCCUUGGUAAUGUCAAAGUCAAUUGUCAAAAUUUAAAGUUAUAUUAACAUAUUCUUCUAAUUUAAACUCAGUUUUACUUUUACUUUUUAUA